UGCCGUUAAUCCGACAGGGAUUGGUUUGAAGUCAGCGGAGUGGAGAAAGAGUAGCGGGGAGGAAUGACGGAGUCCACCGAUUUCACGCCACAAACACGGAUUAUUAGACGAUAUUAAUGUACAGAAAGGAGUGCUAAAAGGAUAAUAUAGAAGUGGUUUAACAUGGGACACUUUACCUAACUUUAGAGGUGAGUUUUUGGGGGACGCAGACGUUGACGGGACAAACGGCUCAACAUGGAUGUUCGGGGAGCAGCGGCUCUGAGGAGGAAUUAAGGCCGGUUCUGGGUUAUUCCUGGUCGGGAGUUUAAUUUUAAAGCAGCUGCUGAUUGUCCAGGUUUAAAAAGUCAAGUCUGUGAAGUUGUAGUGGCUAUUAGCUAAGAUGCUGAAGAUGUGGAGGCGAGACGUGCCGCUCUCGGAGAGGCUGGGGGGGGAUUCUCCUCUGGCUGCAGCGCCCGUCCUCCUGCCGACGGCGGCCCCUACGGGCCCCAACAUUUCAUGGCUCCCUGAAGUCCCAGUGCUGACCCUAGACCAGCCGAUCUUCCUCAUGACUCCGGCGGCGCAGGCUGUGUCUGGCUUCUUCGUAUGGACCGCGCUCAUCCUCACCUGUCACCAGAUCUACAUGCACCUACGUUACUACAGCUCGCCGAGGGAGCAGCGCCACAUCGUACGGAUCCUCUUCAUCGUCCCCAUCUACGCCUUCGACUCUUGGCUCAGCCUCCUCUUCUUCACCAACGACCAGUACUACGUGUACUUCGACACCAUCAGGGACUGCUAUGAGGCGUUUGUGAUCUACAACUUCCUGAGUCUGUGCUAUGAAUACCUGGGAGGAGAGAGCGCCAUCAUGGCGGAGAUCCGAGGGAAACCCAUCGAGUCCAGCUGCAUGUACGGCACCUGCUGUCUGCGGGGGAAGGCCUACUCCAUCGGCUUCCUGCGCUUCUGUAAGCAGGCCACUCUGCAGUUCUGCGUGGUCAAACCGCUCAUGGCCGUCAUCACCGUCAUCCUGCAGGCCUACGGCAAAUACAAGGACGGGGACUUCAAUGUUGCCGGCGGUUACCUGUACGUGACCAUCAUCUACAACAUCUCCGUCAGCUUGUCUCUCUACGCCCUCUUCGUCUUCUACUUCUCCACCCGGGAGCUGCUCAGCCCUUACAGCCCCAUGCUCAAGUUCCUUAUGGUCAAGUCCGUCAUCUUCCUCUCCUUCUGGCAGGGCAUGUUGCUGGCCAUCCUGGAGAAGUGCGGCGCCAUCCCCCAGAUCAACUCGGUGGGCGUGUCGGUCGGCGAGGGGACGGUCGCCGCCGGCUAUCAGAACUUUAUCAUUUGCGUGGAGAUGUUUUUCGCGGCGCUGGCUCUGCGCCACGCUUUCACGUACAAAGUCUACAUGGAAAAGAGUCUCGACUCACAAGGACCUGUUCCUACACAUGGAGAGUUUGGUCGCCGUGCCCCCAUGAAGAGCAUCUCCAGCAGCCUGAAGGAGACCAUGAACCCGGGCGACAUGGUCCAGGACGCCAUCCACAACUUCUCCCCGGCCUACCAGCAGUACACCCAGCAGUCCACGCUGGAGCAGGGGGUGCCGCCGCCCGUCUCCCGCUCUCACAGUGCCGUCAGCGGCAGCUGCGGUGACACAGAGAAGACCCUCCUGCUCAGCUCCGACGACGAAUUCUAGAGCAGAAAAAUGUCCACAGCUGAAUUAGAUUCAGACGGUUUUAAUGGCGGAUGAUCCUCCUGUGCAGCCGGCCCUCUUCAAUGUGUGAAUGAUUAGAGAGGAGUGUUUUGAAUUUACUGUUUUUGGGACUCGCCGUGGAAGCGAGGAUCUUCCUGCGGCAACAUUUUCCCGAGCACCUCAUUCGGUGGGAACACUUUAAGCUGAUUCGGUGUUAAAACCGUCGGCCAGAUAAUGAAAGAGUGUCGUGUUAGUCUCACUCUCACAUACGGAAUCAGACGGAACGUUUUCUUUCACAUUUCAGUCGUAAUCGUCCUCGUGGAUGUUUUUGUUCUUUGUCCAGACAGUCCUUGGCUGCGUUUGUCAAGUCAUGAAAAUCCUUUUCAUGGAGAAUAUCAUUAAAGUUUUUAUAAAAGUCCUGAACUUUUACUUUUGUGAACUAAUAUUUAGAUUUAACAAAUGAGUUGGUCCACAAACACGUGUGCUUCAAACAGAAGCUAGCGUCGUAGCAGUCUUCUGGUGAAGCCAUAAAAAUGUGGUACGAAGUUAUGGAGAACACGUGUAGAUGAGUUAUAAUUGAACCGAGGAGACCCUGGUGCAUUGUGGGAUUUUAAGGGACACACGUCACUGCAGUGUGGGGGAAGGAUUUAAAGGGAAGCCAAGUGAAAAGCAGGAGUUAAUGUCUGCUGGUUGGAUCGAUGUUGUUGUAGUGGAACAGAUGAGGGCAGAUUAUAGACGUGCAGCCAUAGAAACAUAACGAUGUGCAGACACCAGACGUUUAAAGUGCAACUGAAGUUUGUGUGGAAGCAAAUAAUUGAGCUAUUGUGCGUAAUUUAAACACAUUUUUGGAGAUAUUUGGGAAACUGCACACACCCAAAGCUUCAAGCGUUUGCGUCUAUGUGUAAAACAAUAAAUCAUAGUAAUAAUAAAUCACGCCCCCUGGACAACACUUAUGUCGAGGGCGCUAUCCUAGUCGAUAAAAACUUAUAUUUAUACUUUAUUUAAACGUAUAUACUACCAGUUUGAUGCACACAUUAAGAAAAACACAAAGGACAUUCACGUAUUUACUGAUUUCUUAGCAAAGAAAUUAUUUAAAUUUCCGUUUUACUUUAAAUUUGAGAAGUUUAAUUUCAAGCUAGAGCAUCUUCAGAUAUCCCCCCAUCCACCUGAAGUUCCUGAUUGGCUCCAAAGUACUAAAUCCUCCCCGUCCAGGAGCGUUUCCUGCGCUCCACGAGACGAACCCUCCGUCCUGACUUCUGCUUCAGCCAGGCAGGUUUCAGUGUUGUUCUACAGUUCUUAACCUGCGCUAUGGUGAAAAGAAACAAUAAUACGGGGGAAUAUAAUAUUCUACGUUUACAUAAUGUUGAGUCAUUGUUCUCUGUUAGAAACGUGUACAAACCCUUUCGCUCUUUUCUUCGUUGGCUGUAACGUCACCGCAGCCGGAGCUGGUUUCUAUUUCACGCAUUAUUGAAGUUCUUGACUCGUCUGAGUGAGUCAUGAGUCUGCAGAAGUGUUUACUGUAACUCCUGUCACUGCUCUGCUGUAGCUCCGUACAAACACCAGGGGGCCAUGUGGAGAACACACACACGCACACACACACACACACACACCACUCUCUUAUCUACCAGCAGACAGGCAGUUAUCACACACUUUAAGCUGGGUGCACAUGCAACUGCUUUGUCUUGUCACUUCUUAAUCUUCCCAUCGAGGAGGCGAGCCCCCGGCCUCAGACGGUGCUCAGGGCUCUUUUUACAUUUCUGCCUCACAUAAUACUGCUUUUAAAGAGGACAUUAGCCACGUCUGUGCACAGGAGCACUGCGCUAUCUUUAGACAUUGCUGAGUGUUGUCCGUGUAAUUGAGUUGCUGCAUUUUGACAUGGAUACAAAGUGGAUUAUUUUUGACUAUGACUGAGCUUCAUCCAGCUGCAAAUGAUCCUGUAAUCCUUUUCUAACAGCACUGGUCAGUUCAUCGUGUUGCAAUUACGAUGCGCUGUCGUUUCCUGUCUGUGCAAAUGCAUUUUUAUGCUGAGCCACCGAUAAUUUCAGCGCAUCUCGUGGUUAAAUUUGGAGAUUUUCAUUCUACAAUUAUCACAAAAUCAGUGCGAUAGCCAUAGAAAAUAAAAUAAAGCUCUCAGUUAAAUAACUUUACCAGUU